GUAUUGAUCGCGAAGACUGCUGCAUCUGUAAUGGAUUCAUGUUGAGGAAGGAGUGAACUGGAAUCAACAUGUCUAUGUGUGUGUAAUUCUCAUUCUACCCUCCUAUCCAAGUUCUAGUGUCCAGCUAACCCUUCCCCAUCUACCAGGGAAAAGGGUCUUUGGUCUUUCACUGUGUGUUCUGGUCCUGUUGUGAGCACUACAGGUAAAUGCCUGUGCCCAUAAUGGAGGCAUUACUCCGAGCCCGUCGGGCUUUGGAGAGAGCCGUAACAGGCAAUACAGAUGGUGGUGGCCCUGCAGCAGGUCCUGCCGCAGCUGCAAGUGAAGCACCCCCAGUUGGAGAUGUGACUCAGGCAGGAGAAGUAGGGGGGUCAACAGAAGCGCCAACAGGCAUAGGAAAGCUGGAAGCCAUGUUUUGGGAAAAUGUAAAUAAAUUGCCACUAUGGGCAAUCAUCCUGAUAUGUGCUGGUGCACUGCUGUUCCUGUUGUGUUGCACCUACUGCGUGUGCAAGCGAUGCUGCUGCAAGAAGCGCAAGAAGAAGGAAGGCAAGAAGGGGCUGAAAGGGGCUGUCGACCUGAAGAGUGUACAGUUGCUAGGCAACUCCAUCAAGGAGAAGGUGCAGCCAGACUUGGAUGAGUUGAAUGUAAACAUGGAGGACAAUGAGGACAAUGAGAGCACAAAGUCGGAGGUCAAGCUGGGCAAACUACAGUUCUCUCUGGACUACGACUUCCAGAAGGGAGAGCUGUCUGUAGGUGUCAUCCAGGCUGCUGACCUCCCCGGGAUGGAUAUGAGUGGUACAUCUGACCCUUACGUCAAGGUUUACCUCCUCCCAGACAAGAAGAAGAAAUAUGAAACUAAAGUCCAUCGAAAAACAUUGAACCCAGUGUUCAAUGAAACCUUCACAUUUAAGGUUCCAUAUGCUGAAGUGGGUUCCAAGACUCUGACCUUUGCUGUCUAUGACUUUGAUCGCUUCUCUAAACAUGACCAGAUAGGCCAGGUCCUUGUGCCACUUAAUUCCAUCGACCUGGGUCGUGUGGUGGAGGAAUGGAGGGACCUCACCAGUCCAGACAAUGAUGCUGAGAAGGAAAAUAAACUAGGGGACAUCUGCUUCUCUCUACGUUAUGUCCCAACGGCAGGCAAGCUCACCGUGGUCAUUUUGGAGGCCAAGAACCUGAAGAAGAUGGAUGUUGGUGGUCUGUCAGAUCCUUAUGUUAAGAUCUCGCUGAUGUCAAACGGCAAACGCAUUAAGAAGAAAAAGACAACAAUCAAGAAGUGUACACUCAACCCUUACUAUAAUGAAUCAUUUACAUUUGAAGUGCCAUUUGAGCAGAUCCAGAAAGUGACCCUGAUAAUCACAGUGGUUGAUUACGACAGGAUCGGUACCUCGGAGCCCAUUGGUCGCAUUAUGCUUGGGUGCAACUCCACCGGCACAGAACUCCGUCACUGGAGUGACAUGCUGGCCAACCCUCGCCGACCCAUUGCGCAGUGGCACACGCUACAAGAAGUGCCCGAGAAGAAUUAAAGCACCCCCACAAACGACACCAUUGGCCAGCAGCAGCCAUCUGUUUCAGCAGAUUAUGACUCCCUUACAUCUGAGAGUCAAAGUGCUAGUCUAUAUCAUGUUUCAGUGGCAACAACUCCCAAUUCUAUCAAUUUUGUCGAGUCUACUGUGACAUCAAUAUCAACAUAUUCGUCUGGUAAAGUAAUGUGGUUCCUAUUGUGUAUCAGUAGUAUACAUACUUGGUUACAUGCAGGCCAGUGCAACACCUGCAAACUCUUACUUGACAGUUUCCCCUGAUUGACUAACCCAGCACUGAUGGCCAGCUAGGGGAGUUGGUGGUGCGCAAUGUGUCUGGGUGAUGGUAUUAGUUAUAUUUCUGACUAGAUAUCUCUCAGUCUUUAGUGUAUAUAACCAGAUAGUUUCAGCCAAACUAGGACCCAUGGUUGAUGUAGCUUGAUAACACAUCAUCAGUGUAUUCGAGAUAAGUUCAAUAACUGUUUACAAAUAGCAGGUCACAAAACUAAGAAAACCUUGACAAAUCAUGUGAAAUCGAAUCAAAUUUUCAUUGCAAGCUACAUAAAUGAUUGUGUAGGGUAUUACAGUUUGGCACAGGUUUUGUAUUUGACAUGAUUUGUCCCAGACCAGGUGUACUUCCUUUCCUCAGUCUCUCAGUCAGCAGGGAAACAACCAACCCCACAUGUAGUCCCAAGUCCACUAAUUUAAAAAUAUACAAACACAAAUCAAGCUUGUGAAGAUCAUCACUUUACCUCUGAGGCAAAACACUGCUCUGUGGCAAUGUAUACAGCGUUCUAUGGCCAUGUAUACAGUGUUCAGUGGCAAUGUAUACUGUAUAUAGUGGUGUAUGACAAUGUAUACAGCGUUCUAUGGUCUACAGUAGUGUAUGACAGUCACCAAGAUCCAAACUUUCAAAUAUACCACUCAGCAUGUUAACGUUUCCAUCAUGGAUUAUUUUUUGAUUAGUGGACUUCUCCUUCGUUGUACAUAUAAAUCCUGGUGUCUAAUUAGACUGUUUCAACAUGCUAUUCUUGGUUCUUUGCUUUCGUUCUUCCCAAGUUGUUAUUGCAGAGCUUUAGUUACAUUUGUUCAAAAACUUAUUGAUCUAAAACAUCUUGAAUUUGUGCAUUUAUGGAUCAUAUACAUGUCCUAUUAUUCCUUUUCUGACCUUUAAUCAGCUAAUCUCUAUUCUGGCCUGUCUAAUAGUCAGCUAAUCCCUGUUAAGUCUUGAAAUGUUUUUAAAGCUCUGCCAUUUAGAAAUGUGAUGUACUCACCUAGUGUCAUCAUUACAUACAACGUGUGUGCACUCUUAAUAUGUCACUGUGAUAAAUGUAUAAUCUCGUUAAAGAUGGUUGAUAUUUAUGUAUAGUAGAGAGAUUAUUAUGUUUUGUUUUAUUUCAUUGGAGGGAAGGCAAAGGGGAAUUCAAGAAUUUAACUGCAUUCAAUGAUACCUGGUUCAAAAUUAAAAUCAAAUUUAUAUGUUAUGAGAUGGGCUUUGAGAACAAGAUUGAAAGGAUUGUUUUAUUUCUCAGGAAAUGUCUUAAAGUUUUGUGCUUUUAUUGUGGCAUUUAAUCUACGUUUGUGUUGCCCUGUAGUAAGUGGUUGUUUAUCUUUCACCUGUUGGUAGUCUUAUCUUUGUCUUGUGCUUUUUCUGUUGUACUGAAAAAAAGAUCAUACACACUUCCUGUUAACAUCACAAAAAAUGAAAAAAACCCACAUUGAUCAGUAUUCCAGUUUCAUUUGACUUGAAUGUUUUCAAUCCACUUACAAGAAAUUGCUAUUACAAAUGAGUUUGGUUCUUGUUUUCUUAUACAUUCCCCAAUUUACUGAGAAAGACAUUGUAAUCUUUGCAAAAUAUUCUCAUUACUUGAAAGGGAAAUUCAGACAGCAAUAAAUUUCAUGAUAUUGAAAUGAAAUAUUUGAAGAAUCUGUUUUUAUGGUAAAAGUAUGAAUUACCUUCACGACACAUGCUCAACAGACUUGAUCUAUUAUCUAUUGUAUUACUGUCCUCAUAAACAUUUACAAUUUUACAAUCUGCAUUUAUUGUUGGACAUUUUUCCAAAGAGUUUUAACUGUAAUGUUGAGAUUACUUUCUUUUAUUUGUUUUUGAACGCCAUAUCAUGAUGUAUAGUUGUCUUGUGCAACCUAGCUUCUAUGUUGAAAAUGUUGACACAUUCCGAAACAAGCAUUCCUUUCCUGGAAAUGCAUGUCAGUGGCUGGAUAUGCUGUACCUGUGGGGUAGAAAUCCGCUAUCACCAAUGUCAACACACCACACACAACAUUAGACAGAUUACACACGUACAGCCAGUAGAGCUCCUUGCCACAUUCGCCCCUACAAACACCUGGACAUUCAACCACUGACAUUAGCAUCCCACAACUUACACCAGCUUGGCAUAUUUUUCUGUGUAAAUAAGCAGUUCCCCUCUGUGCUUCUAAUUUGCAAUGAUUUCAUCACGAUCCCUGUUAAAGCAUUUUCCUUCUGAUAUCUUCAUCCAGAAUCUCUAUCAUCUGUCACAAUACUGACGAAACAUCAAUGCAAUGUUGAUCACAAGGCUACAACAGUUUUAGGUAUUUACCUUCAACGAUACAGGCACCCACAUGCCUGUCUAUGUAUUGGGUAAAGUAACUACAAGCCAAGGUCACAUAAGCAGUUGCCCCAUUCUAGGCCUCUGUACAAGGCAGUUUUAAUUUAUAGGUCUCUUUGGCAAACUGUGUACAGCAAUUGUUGUAUUUUUGGUCAAAUAAAGCCAGGUACCCCA